AUGCGUUGGAGCUGCGUUCUGCUUGUUGUUGUGUCCUCCCUAUUGGCAGCUUGGGAUGGCGUCUCCGCCAACUCGGACUUCCUACCGACAAAGCUCUCGCAUGUGGUCGCCGACUCCACCAACGACGGUUCUAGCAGACUCUUAAGAAGUGGGAAGGCAACUGGAAACGACUCGGAAGGUGACAGCAUCGGUGACGAGGAGCGAGCAUUCGACGACCCAGCGAUCACCCAGUACUUGAGCCUCUUUAAAGACUGGGCAAGGAACAAGGAGACCCCCGAGAGCGUCUACCAGUACUUCGAACUCGCGCCUCGCGUGGAGAAGGCGUACAAGAGCGGCAAGUGGGCCAGACUUCUGAAGAACGAGAAGUACAUCGUGUACCGCAAGUACGAGAAAUAUCUGCAUCUAGUGAAGGCAGCAGAAGCGCAGGCGAACAUGGUUCCGUAA